AUGGUUGAGCCCCAGGGGCCCUUGGAUACCGUUCCAGAAGAGAAUUAUCCUCCUCUGCUGACUCAAAACAAUUACUGGAACACUAAGCAGCUCAUAAAUCAAGUUAUAAGUGAAGACCAGGAAUAUGUCACUUGGAAACUGAAAGAUGUACGAACUGGUGGCACCAUGAACGCGUAUCUCAACGACUUUAUGAAGAACGAAUAUGAUCAAGAGGACGGCAGCUCGGCUGAAGACAUUGCUGACGCGCAUACUGCUGAAGCCCCGCUUCAGCGUGUGAGGAAGAGAAACGGUGGACCCACGGGCAGAGUGAGCAAAGCGUCUCCCAUCAAUUCUGUGCCCAAAAACGUGCAGUUCCCAAGGGAUAUAUACGAUUCACAGCUUGCGGCCCUACCGCAACCGCGAGAACUAGAUCAAUCCGAGCAACUGAACCUUCUCCUUACAAAUUUGGACGAGGAACAAAUGAACAGAUUUGAGGUGUUUCGGAGAACCUCUCUGGCGAAAAACAACAUCAAAAAGAUCUCCAGUAUCAUCACUAACCAAACAGUGGCUGCAAACAUCAAUCUGCUCCUCGCUGGUGUGGGGAAAAUAUUCAUAGGCGAGAUUGUUGAGAAAGCACAAGAGGUUAAAAAGCGAAAGCUAGCGGCUCUCAUGGCCUCCAGGUUCAGAGACAAGCAGAUCACGGCCUACAGGCUGAAGAAAAUACUGAAAAAGCUGACUCUAAUGGUUGAGGGGCCUGAUGCCUCUUACGAUGAUAGCGUAGAUGAAAACGAGAGCGAUCUCUGCGAAGAUGACGAAGACGAGAACCUCGUGAACGAGGUCAACACCUACAACAGGCUUAUACGAUCCAAAAUUAAUUCAGAAGCUAGCAGGCUUGGUAUUAUUCGACACUACAACAAGCUUGUUAAAUCUUUCAACGCAUUGGACGUUAGCGUGGAGAAGUUCACAAACUGCCCGCUCCUUCCAGAACACAUUCGUGAAGCUUGGAGACUUUAUCGUGCGGAAAACGAUACAGUUCCACAGGCUACAUGGAGAACCCAGGGUGAAGGAAACGGAUGGAUGUUUAGAUGA